GAUGUGUGAGCAAGCAGCGCGUUACUGCAGGGACGGCGUCCACAAACUGCUCCAGAAAGAACAAGCCAAACUCCGGGCACAAGAAAGCAAAGAACAGCCCAAAUCCGGGGCCCAGGACAGCGAGACAGCGACGGCUGCACAGUCCGGAAACAGCGGUAGCCAGCCCGGUGGAAUCGACGGGCUUGUCCGCUGGAUAGUCACCAAGAUGAGCGACAACAAGAGCAUCUCUACCCGGGAAUACGCCAAAGAAGAGGCGGCAGUGGCCCAGGAGCAGUUCUUCGCCCCAGAGCCACGGAAAGGCAUCUCUGUCAUUUUAGAUAUUUUCCGGCGAGCGGAUAAGGAUGAUGAUGGGAAACUGUCUCUGGACGAGUUUCUGGGCUUCUUCUCCGAUGGCACCCUGAACGAGGAGGAACUGGAGAAGCUGUUUCACACCAUUGAUUCAGAUAACACCAGUAAUGUUGACACCAAGGAACUCUGUGACUACUUUGCCAAACACAUGGGUGACUAUGAGGGUGUUCUGGCCUCCCUGGAGACUCUCAAUUUGUCCAUCCUCAAAGCCAUGGACUUCACCAAGAAGGUGUACGAGCGAGGCACCAACGUGGAGCAGUUCGUGGCCCGCUUCCUGCUGAAGGAGUCAGCCAGUCAGAUCCAGUCUCUGCUCAACUCAGUGGAGAGUGCUGUGGACGCCAUAGACGAGCAGCACACUCAGGGGUCAUACCCGUCCAGCAAGGUCAGCCCCCGGGCCCCAGAGAAGCAAUACGUCAACCCAGUGCCCGACUAUCCGCCCAACAACAGAGUCAGUGCCAAGGAUGCCCCGAGGAACAUCAACCCAGGACAAGGGGCCGUGGAGACCAGGAAAGAGGGGCUGGAGGCGCAGAUCAACCGUCUGGCAGAGCUGAUUGGUCGCCUGGAAAACAAGACAGUCUACUUUGAUCUGCAUCAGCGACUAACUGAUACUGAUGGCACAACAAGCGCAUGCCUCUUCCUGAUCCGUCAGGAGAUGACCGUGUCUCAGAAGCAGCUCGGGGAGUUCUGUGAGGCCCUGAAGCAGUACCUGAAAAAUGUCUCCACCCAAAGAGACUGCUUCCACGUGACUGCAGUGCGACUGCCGAGCGGACUGUCCUUCGUGGUGUACGAGUUCUGGGAGGGGGAGGAGGAAUGGAAGAGGCACCUCCAGACUGCGUAUGCCAAGGCCUUUCAGCAUGUGAAAGUGGACACCCUGUGCCAGCCCGAAGCAGUGUCCACUGUAGCCGUGCCAGCUGCCUGGUGCAACUCAAGCAGAGAAUGAUGUGGACGAGGCCUCUCUGCUGGUGGAACGCGUCCGCCGUAUGCCUGAAUGCCCAAACACUCCUCUUCUUGUCCACCCCUUAGGCUCACCUCUUCCUCUUCCUCCUCCUCCUCCGCCCCCUCCCGCUCUCUCUCUCCUUAUCCCCUCACACCCGCUCCCUCUCUGCUUAAAGCCUUCUCUCUCUUCCCCUACCCCCUCUCCCCCCCUCUCUUUUGUAAUGACUUGUUUACACAGUGUCUGUUUGAUAUUGAGGCAGAAUGUAAGGUGUUAAUUGCAGAGAGCGUUGAGCGGAUCUAAGUUUCAUUUCCCCGUGACUGCGCUGGCGCGCGCGCGUGAUGUUGGGGCUCCUGCUGCAGUCUCUCGGCAGAGCUGCAGUGGGGGCCGAUUAUGCCGCGCGUGGAGCUGUGGAGGCUGUGAAAUCCAUUUGGCCGCAGAAACCAAACGCCAACUGUGGGAGUCAACGCUUGCUGUAACAUCAGCGACGUUUUUGACGCACCGGAGGUUUGUGUGUGUUUCAUUCUUGACAGUUGCAGUCCCACUAAAACACUCCCUCGCACAGACAUGUGUGGCUUGUGUUGACCCCAAUGCCAGCAAAGCAGGUCAACUUAAUGGCGAUGUUCCUUCACGGCUGUAGAGGCUUGAAGAGACUGCUUUUCUGCCAGUGCUACUAAACCUCAGCAUAUAUAUCACGCUAACGAUCUUCAGUGUUCCCUGCAAUUAACUGUGCAUUAAGAGCGAUGCCCCAUGCUUCUGUCAGACAAACAGUACUACGGGAAUUGAAACCGUUUUCACACACCAUUCACACUAUACAUAAAGGAAAAAACCCACCACAAAGCAGUGUAUACUUGAUCCAGUGUAGGCUUAUGGUCCAGUUCAGUCCAUAAGAACUACACUAAACACAGUCAGAACCAUUCUAAGAGCACAAUGUAUGUGAAUAAGUAUUCACUAAAGAAAAAAGUAUAUGAAGAGUUGUCUAUGUAAACUGGAGAUAUAGAAUUUAAAAUGAAUAUUUACGAUGGAGAUAUCUAUUUAUCAAAGAGUUGAUCUUGUAAAGUGAUUUAGUUGAUUGCAGUAACAACAUGAUCUUAGUCUCCUACAGAAUGACUGGCACAGUGUCAAAACAGAAUCAUGUUUUCUUUAGAGAUCUUCAUCUGUUGACAUCAUGAAUCAAACUAAUUGACCCACAUCUAUCGAGAUCAUGAACACAGAAGUAUUCGGUCAUUCUUGUCCAGGUUUAUUUCUUUUUGAACCAGGACUACAGAAAAAAAAAAAAACGUAGACCCUGAAGUUUAAUAAUAAUCAAAAAGCGGAAAAUCUUACAGUACCCCAGUAAAAGCGGUUUGCCUCUGUGAAAACAGGUUUGCUCCGGUCAUAGCACUAGUGGCCCUCCUAGCUAUGGGAUGUACUGUGCAAAAUGGCUUCUUUUCUUUUUUUGUGGCCCUUUUUCCUCCCCCUCCACUGUACCUCACCUGAGUGCAUGUUCAAACAAAUGUCCAGUAACUCGGUAGUAUUUAGCUAUGCUACUUUCAAUGGGGUUUGUGCAGUUAAUUAUGUUCUUUUAUAAUAUUCCAACAAUAUGACGUUAAAAUAUAUGACCAGGAGAAGAAAAAAAAGACUUACAGAAUGAAUAUUCACUUUUAUGGCAUUGUUUAUUGAAAUAUUAAUUCUUAUACCUAUGUAUGUUUCAGUAAAACUGGCUUUCUCUUGAUGUGAGUGUAGAGACGUAUUGCAGGGAUGCAAGCAUUAUAGUCGUUUGAACUUUGUUUAAAUUCUAGAUUAUGUAGAGUGAUGCAAUUCAAUAAAAAUCGAAAAGG